UCCUGUGUGUGCAUUUCCAGCCAGAGGAGGAUUUUAUAUGGUGGUCUGCGCAGUGUUGAGUGGGUGCCACAUUCUCAGGUGGCAUGUGGUGACAGGUCCAUCUGGACGCGCCUGCUGUCAAAAACAAACAGACCCCUUUGAUAUCAAGGGUCAAGGUCAGCGGUGGGACCGUCCCUCCCAGCUCAACCCUCAAAGCUCAGCCAGACGGCUGACGGGGCUUCAGAUGGACCUGACGUACGUGGACUAAGGACUAUCCGUGCAUUUCAUCAAGGCUCUCCAGCAGAGGGCAGCAGAAAACCAAGAGCAACUCCAGGUCCUCGGGCGGUCAGCGCCGUGAGGAUCACGCCUCUGAAAACCAUGAAAGGCUCUCCGGAGCUCAUUCCCAACGCAGAUCUGGACCCGAGCAGAGUGUGCAAAGGGAAAGGAGUUGUGACUCUAAGGGCCACGCUUGUCCACAUAGAUGAUGAGGGCUGCAUCAGCGAGGAGCCGAACGCCAUCACAGCUCCAAGUGGCUGGACAGAGCAGAUUAAUGGAGACGGCUCAAAAGCGGGACUUGCUGAGGGAGGCAGUAACAACACAGCUCAUCUCCCUCCUGAGAGAAACCCUCGCUGCCAGGCCAGUUUACCCAAAAGCAUAAAAGAGAAUCAAGUGCCGUCCUCCGCUGACAUUCAGAUCUGUAUCUCGCCGACUCCCAGCUGUGUUUAUCCGUGCACUAGCGCGGUCAACCCCACCAUCGUCCUGCUGCAGCACAACCGAGAGCAGCAAAAGCAUCUUUCUCAUUUCGAAGACCCAACCCCGGAGCGGGACAAAAGCCCAGAUCCUGGGAGACACUCUGCCAGUCCAGUCUGUGAUAUGGACGGGAAGAGGCUGCGGCUGUCGCUGCACUCCCCCGUCCACAGUCCUCUCAACAGGCCUAUUGUUCCUGAGCGGAACACUGAGAAGUCCAAAGACUGGUAUAAGAGUAUGUUCAAACAGAUACACAGAAUACCUGAGCCUAUUGAGGAAAACCCGUACCGUCCCACCUACAUUUUCCCCGAGAACUAUGACAGUCACAUAAAACCAAAAGACGACUGUCCCACUCCCUUCACGCACCUGGAUGAUGGAAAGGCAGUCCCACGCUCAAAAAGUGACAAUGAGGUUGAUUCAAGAGGAAGAUCGAUGCCGGUGCCAACGCGGUCUUCUUCCCUCAAACCUUCUGCCAAAAGGAACGAGUGGGAGCCCCCGGAUAAAAAGGUAGACACCAGGAAGUACCGCGCCGAGCCCAAGAGCAUCUUUGAGUACGAGCCGGGGAAAUCAUCGGUGCUGAAGCUGGAGAGAACGACUCAGGAUGUAAGUCCAGAAGAUGUAGAUUUAGAGAAUGAGCCUUGGUAUAAAUUCUUUUCAGAGAUGGAGUUUGACAAAGCGAGUACCCCCUCCUUCAGCCCCCUGGAAACAGCCUCCGACCGGCAGCAGUACUCCCCCAGCAAGUCUGGACACAGCGAGGUGGAGAAGGACAGGGGAUCAUCACCGAGCGAGCCUACGGCUCCAGAAUGCGACCGACAUGUUUACAAGAGUGUCUUAGAGGGCGGUGACAUUCCCUUACAGGGUCUGCGGGCUCUAAACAAGCGCCACAGCAGCUCCUCCUCCUCUAAAGUGGAUUAUAAAGGUGGGAAUGGCUAUAUAAUUUCACCCUGCACCUCUGUAAAUAGUCGAUCGGUUCUUGCCAGUAAUGCAAUAGGUGACCAGUUUAAGAGUAAGAAGCCUCUAUCUGCUGCCAAAGUCUGCAUACCUCAAAUCCUGCCCUCUAAGUUCAAGCCGAAGCUGCUGCCCCCCGGUGGCGGCGGCCGGGAGAGCGGCGCUAAAGCUGUCAGACACCAGAAGGCCCACAGCUGCGAGGAUCUCUACACGGGGCCGUGUGACACGGGCCGCGCCGCCGAGGCAGAGAGGAGGGAGAGCGGGCAGGACCCGGACGCUAAAUCCAGCUGUGGCAAUGAGGACGGCCUCUGGAAUGACACCCCUGCAAUUAGGAGGAGCAUAUCUGAGUUUUCCAGCCUGUACCGGACGAUGCAUCACAUCCAGCGGCCCAGCUCGGCCGGCUGCAGCCCCCGCGGCAGCGUCCGCAGCCUGGCCUCUCUGUUUGAGAAGGCCGAGGCGGCGAGGGAGAGGUCGGAGGCAGGGGACGGGGACGGCGUUCCAAAGGACAACGUGUCGUCAAGGGUCAGCGAGUUUGAGAUGAUCAUUCAGCGGUCCAGCUCGGCUCCCGUCCGCUCUUGUUCCCUUCCCACCCUGCACUGCGGCCACAGCCCCGGCCACAGUCCUGCCCACCUCCGCAUGGCGUCCGCGGCCUCGGCCGAGUCCCUCGCCACAAAGACAGAGGAGAGCACCCCGGUGCAGGGUGACGGCUCCAAGGCCAUGACACCGGAGAGUGUGAGCGUAGAGGAGACUGCUUCUUCCUCCUCCUCCUCCGAGGAUGGACUAAAUGCAAGGACUGAAUCCCCCUGCAACACAGAGGCAGAAGUGGAGGAGAUCUUUAGUAAAAUCUCCCCAGAAAUCAUCCACCCACAUGUCAAUGAAUCAAAGAGUCCCUCAGCGCAGUUUACAGCCUCCCCUCCGCUACACAACCACCUCUUCCACCACAACCACCACCACCACCACCUCCUGCACCACCUCAACCAGCAGCUCCUCCUCAAACCAAGCAAGUGCAAAGGUUCCUGCCCGGCGUCCUACACCCGCUUCACCACCAUCCUCAGGCACGAGAGGCAGCAGGCCACGUCCCAGCAGGAGAGGCCUCCUCCGUCUGCGGAGAAGAAGACGACGCUGCCCGGGAACCUCUUCCUCAUGGGCCCCGCUCCGUUCAGGCUACGGAAGAACCCGCACCAGAGUCGGAGGACGCUGCUGGCCACGAAGGCGCCCCCCUGCAGCCGCUCCCCGGAGCCCAGACCCUCGAUCCCUCAGCGCCUCUCCUCCCUGGAGGUCCUUGAGAGGUUAAGUAACGGGGACACUGACCAGCUGAGUAACGGACAGGGCUUGGACGCCAACGGGAACCUACUGGCAUCUCACCGCAGAGACUCCUCCCCAGCUCACGGGGAAAACCAGGAUGAAGUUCUGAGGAGGCGCCAUGGUGACAAAGAGAAAAUCUUGGAGGAGCAGCGGCGGCUGAAGCGGGAACAGGAAGAGGCCGACACGGCGUCGCGACGACACACGAGCAUUGUCCCGACGCACCACCAGUUCAUCACCAACGAGCGCUUCGGGGACCUGCUUAACAUCACAGAUAACGCCGAGAAAAGGAAAUCAGGCAUCGAGAGAACCCCCGCCAUGGCCCGCUUUGACUUCAGAGCAGAAACUCUAAAGGAACUGCCGUUUCAAAAGGGAGACAUUGUGUACAUCAUUCGGCAAGUAGAUCAGAACUGGUAUGAAGGUGAACAUCAUGGAAGAGUCGGCAUCUUCCCCCAGAGCUACGUGGAGCUCCUGCCCCCGACGGAGAAGGCGCAGCCGAAGAAAAGUGCGCCGGUGCAGGUGCUGGAGUACGGAGAGGCCUUGGCGCGCUUCAACUUCACCGGCGACACGGUGGUGGAAAUGUCCUUCAGGAAGGGAGAGAGGAUCACUCUGAUCCGCAGAGUCGACGAGAACUGGUAUGAGGGCAAGAUCGCCGGCACCAACCGGCAAGGCAUCUUCCCCGUCACCUACGUGGAAGUGCACAAACGGCCGCGCGUGAAGAACAGCGUGGACUACCCCGACCCCCCCAUCAGCCAGUCGCCGCAGCGCAGCACCAACGCGUCUCCGCAGCUGAAUCGUAACCGUUUGACCACCUCCCCCCUGCCGCUCCCCCGCUCCCCCCGCCGCUCCGUGUCUCCUGAAGUCCACGCCAUCUCCUCCGAGUGGAUCUCCCUGACGGUGGGAGCCGGGAGUCCUCCGGCCGCCCCCACCCCUCCCCUGCCGCCGCUGCCCACCGUGUCCUACCGCUGCGGGGAGUACCUGCCCCCGCCCUACUCCGCCAGCCCCGUGCCGCCCAUCACGGGCAGCCCCUACUGCAUCUCCCCCAUGGCCUCGCCGUCCGCCUCCCCGCUUCCCCCGCCGUACCCGCCCCGGCCCAACUCAACCACUCCCUUCCUCACCUUCACCCCGCCCCAGAGGGAGGACUUCCUGCUCUCGCCUCCUUCCCCGCACCUGUCGCGCUGCGCCAGCCCGGCCAGCGGCGCCGUGCUGGAGGGCUGGUUGAGGGGGGAGAAGGAGCUGACGGAGGGGGAGGUCUCGGAGGGGGACGGGGGCCGGGCCGCCCUGGGACACAGGCGGAGUUUUCCUGCAGAGUUUGUGAAGAACGAGGCGGACCAUCAUGGGCGGAGCUCCAGGAGCCCCGUGAUGCUUUACGACAUCCAGGACAACAACAAUGUGAACUCAUUUGCGGAGGCCGUGUGUAAUGAGAUCUUGAAUAUAGCUGAGACCUCGGUGAGGUACUGCAGCACCCUGUCCCACCACCACAAUCACUCUGUCCAUAGACUGCACCCCCACCCCAGUAAAAAAUGUCUCAUCAUUUCCCAGCAACCCCAGUCCCACAGCAGCAGUCCGGAGCCGAACCGUCUCAGCUGUGGAAUUUUCCAAGCCUUGUAUAGUUAUGUGCCACAAAAUGACGACGAGCUGGAGCUGCAGGAAGGAGAUCUCGUCAGCGUCAUGGAGAAAUGUGAUGACGGCUGGUUUGUCGGUACGUCGAAGAGGACAAAGCAGUUUGGGACUUUCCCUGGGAAUUACGUAAAGGAAGUGAACCUGUAAAGAUAUCUAAUCUGUCCGUAACACAUGGUUGCCUGUCGAGCUUGGGAAGUUACAACCGCGCAUGGCUCUUGGUUAGAGUAGCUGUUUUAGCCAGGCCAAUAUAUCUUGUCUGGGAAAGUGAUCAGAUGGGCCUGGGGUAUGUCAAACUGCACGAGGCGAAGACGGGGGGACGAGCAACGCUGGCCAAAACCUCAGCACGGUGUACACCAACGCUCGCAUAUUACUCACUUCUUGGCAGAAUUCGUCCGUCACCACAUGUGGAAUAAGUCUGUGAAAAAAAGGUCCCGCAAAUUAGCUCGUGUUGCACAGAUGGUAGUUUCCGAUUUGUCCGUGUCAUUUUUACAGUAUGUUUGAGUAGCAACGCCGUUUAGAGGCGGGCAGGAGAGCCAGGAGGGUCAAAGAUGGGUCUCAUUACCUGAAGUGGACUUUUGAAAGAGUGGGAUGUAUUUUUUUGUGUGAUGUGAGGUUGGAGCUGUUUGUCAUGAGCUACCUUUCAGGCAACGUAUGACGAAACCCAUUGAAAUUCAUUAAAAAAAGAUCACUCCCUUUUUGAUUUCGCUUCUAAAAGAACGUUUGGUGUUUGGAUCAGCUGAUCAUACAGAUGUUUGAGGCAAUAACUCGUUCUUUGAGCCUGUCGCAGCCUCUUCCUCUUACGCAAGAGGCCUCUCAAACAAACGGCUCUCAUGUCCUUUUACAUUUUUCUGGAUCAUCGUGAACUCAGUGUUGUCUGAUUUUGAAAACAAUUGCAACUUGCACAACUCGGUGCGGUUCAAAUGCUUGAGAUACCGCGUCAGUAUUGCCUUCGUUUUUUUCCAUUUAAGGGUUUUUCUACAGUUAUUAACACACUUGUGUGUGCAACAUGUCGACUUCUCUUUUUCUGAGUUACUGUAGCAAACACAAAUGCAGCACACAGAUGUUACUUGUCUCAUAAAAGCGAAGCAACGUUGUUCACAUGUGCAUCAGCGGUUCUCACUUUGUGCUUGAUCAUCAUACUUGUUUUAUUCGAUCAGCUGAUCGCUGAUGCGUUUAAGGUAGCUGCUGGUAGACGCCCAACUUCAGCGUGACCGCAGCACAGGCGUGGUAGCACUUAACUUCCUUUUUGUUCAAAACGCCUAUUAAAUUCACUAUAAUCAAUAACUAUUUACUUCAAAUGAAAGCCAACCUGAAUAUAUUACUAAUGAUAAUUUUACAAGCUUACUAUUUAAACCGUUGCCCCCGCUGAUCGGAGUGUACAUAUACGUGUAAAUGCCUUCAGAAACGUAAGAGGCCGUCCACGUGUGGCCACAUAUUUUCAUAUUUAACGCCUACAAGUAUAAGAUCAGCAGAAAUACAGCAUGCACAGUGAAAACAGUAAGAGACCAAUCAGAUUAGAGCAUGACACACACAAACGCUUCACGGCGGAGCUCCUUAGACUUCUAUCAAAGCAUCAGCGACGUCUUCCUGAGAGUACAGGGCUCCCGCAUCCGACGCUGCGAUAGUCGCCGUCUGUCCGGGUGGAUCCUGUUGCACAGUGACACACGGAUGAUAACUAUUGUUUUCCUUCGCCUUGUUUUUUCCCCCUCAUAAAUUCCUCACAGACAUCAGUCUCUGCUCUCGUUGGUCUCGGGCAGAGCUGUCUCAUAGUACUUGCAGAUUAUUCUCAGUGCCUGUUAUGACCUGUUUAGAGCAGCACGCGUAUACUUGGCUUGUGGAGCGUUUGCUAAAGGAGUACACUUUAUUGCAGGGGUGUCAAAUAUGCGGCCCGCGGGCUCGAGAGAGAGAUUUUCAUGCGGCCCGCGAGAAGUUUCCAACGCAAAAAAACAAAAUGUUAAUUUACUAAAAAGGAAGGCAUAAAUAAUUGCCAUGAAUCGCAGCAUAUCCUAUAAUAUAUUUCUUCUACAAAUCCAUCGUUAUUCCACAAAUAGAGCAGUUUUCAACAUUUUUUUAGUUUUCUAGAAUGCAUUUGGCGAUUUUAUUUCUUUGUAGACGGUCGUUUAUUUUUAUUAACUGACUACUGUUAUAUAUUUUCGCAGGAAAAAUAUCACUGCUAAAAAAGAUGAUAGAAGAUAUUUAUUCGGAGAAUUUCAGUUUUGAAUACGAGGAUAGUGACAAAGUAAAACAGUUAAAAGAGAAGUGCUGACUUUUUCGGCACACUGGCGUAAAUAUCUGCGCCAAUUUUUUUUAAAUAAAUACACUUAAUUGUACUGGAAAAAUCUCUAAAUCACAAAGAAACACUCUCGGAUGUAAUAAGAAAGAUUUUGCUUUUAAUUAAAUUUCCUAUAAAAAAGCGAAAUAUAAAAAAAACAUACUUGUUUCUGUUUAUCUUUGUAAAAUGAUAAUAAAAGUAUCUUACAUAAUUUGAAAAAAAACGAGAAAUUUCAAGAAAAGAUCCUGAAGAAAUAAUUAGAGUGUAAACAAAGUGCAUAUUUCCUUUAAAAUUAGCUAAACUGAUAUUGGAUUAGAUGACAAUAGUAAAAAAAAUGAAUUUGAAAAAAAAAAAUUUGCACCGUUUUUGUUAUUUUGAGCGUGCGGCCCACGAGAAAAAAAUUCGUCAAAUCCGGCCCGACAAGCAAAAUGAGUUUGACACCCCUGCUUUAUUGAGUUUUAAUAUAUAUCACGGUGGCCAACGCAAUGAGCUUUAAAAGACUCAUGGGAAAGAUUCCCCUCAUCAUGUCUCUGUUGAUACAAGUCUAAUUAGAAGAUGGAAGACAGAAAGUACAGCUUCUUAUGAUCGCUUGAUUGCACAAAAACAUCAUGUGAAGAACAGCUAUAAGACUCUCACUAGAUCCAGAACCACAUUUGACCUUCUUUUGAUUUUUGAACCUGAAAGUAUUAGCCACAGUUGUGCCGUGACGAUAAACACAGACCAGACUCGGAUGUUUUUUUGAAGCUGUCUAGUCAUAUACGCACUUAAAGGAGCAUGAGGCAGGAUUUAUGAAAAAAAUUCGUAUACGUUUUCUAGUAAUAAUGUCAGACGAAGCGUUCCAAACCAAAAAGUAUGAGCCCUCUAGUGUAUCUCUCCGUUGCCUUGAACAGGCUGUGUGCUGCAAAAUGUGCUGCAAUUCGGUCCCGAAUUUCCGCGCUGUCCUGCGGAUGUGACGUCACCUGACGCUGCAUGCACGUUCUCCCCGUUCUCCCGUGCCGGCUUCACUGUUGGCUGCAGUACCCCCAACGGCCGUCGUGGUGAAGGGUGGCGCUAGAGAGUCUCAUUUCUUAAAAGGAGCCUCAUGCUCCUUUAACAAGUCCUGGCCUACGCGCUUUGACCAAAAUUCAGUACAAUCGGGGUUUUAUCCUUACGUCCAGUUGCUGUUUAAUCAGGCUUUCCCUCUUGUUCAGAUACACUCACUAUUCUGCCAACAUCAGCAAAAUAGUUUUGUUUUUUCCCCCCCAGCAAGACAAAACAUGUAAUGUUUCACAUCACACUGUAGGUUUGCCUGUGCAGCACUGAUAUAAUGUUCACUUGUUUUGUUUCACCACAGAAGCCUCCACACAGAUAAACGUGUUUGUUUCUCUGUGACUCCAUCCCCUCAUGGACGCGUCGCCUGAUUGGUCAGGAGUCCGUUCACCACUAGCCUUGUUUAAUUUAUUUUGGGUUUUUCUUCCACGAUGGAACAAAAAGAGAAGUGUUUUUGCUCCGUCUCUUUUUAUCACUAACUCGUUUCCACAAUAGUUUUGUUUCUGUGAUUUUUUUUUUUGUUUUUUGUGCUCCGUAACACAUCAGGGGAUGUAUGAAUGUAUGAACACAAGAAUGUGGUGCAGGUCGUGUACGCACAUUUGUAAAAUCAUUUUCUGAACUUCAUCUUGGAUGAGCGGGCAGAGUGUCGAGCAGUACGGCACGAGAAGGAUUGUAAAUAUGUAAAAUAGAAAUGGUUUAUUAGCCUGAAGGAUUCGUGGCAAAGCACAGAGUGGAGCGUUACUCUGCACAGAAGGUUGGACGCAUAUGAACAUUACGCUGCCAUUUGUGACGAUCAUAAUGCCUUAUGUUAGAUUCAAAAUUGUGCCUCAUUGUCAUUUAAAAUUUUUGUUUUUUUGUUUUGUUUGUUUGAACUGUCACUGAAAUGUAUUCAUUAUUUAAUGUAACCAUGGUUUUUCCGUUAGUCCUUAGUCUCCGUGUUGGGGUAACAUUAACUAAGAACUUGUCUGUUACUGUACAAGUACCUAAGAGUGUGACACAGUGCUUCAACAUAACGAUUAAUAAACAUAAGAACGGACUAGUUUGAUGAGACGCACAACCUGCAACAGGUUUGGUUUGUUUGCUUCAAUUUGCAGUGCUGUUACAUUGACAAUAUUACAAAAAAAAGUACUAUACACUGCUGUGACAUCAAUAUUAUGCAAUAUUUAAUAAACAAUUUCAACCAUA